CGGAAGAUUUGAGUAGACUACGACUUCUUAACUUUUGGAGGAUUGUGUAUUUACUGCUGACGUCUCGCACGUUUUUGAUCAGCGACUUUCUGUCAUACAGGAGAAAUUUGUGGUAGAAGGGAUGGAAAUGUCGUAGAAUUUUAGAAAUGACCUGGAGAAGCUGAAGAUCACACCUACACUAGAUAUUUUCCAGGAAGUGCAGUGGAUUUCAUAUUUUAUUCUGAUGCACUCGCUGAGAAACUUUGACACUGAUGACUUCUGAUUAAAUCGGUGUUUUUGUUGGAAAUACUUCUCCGUCAGUCUGGUAACAACAACCAAAAAAAAAAAAAAAAAAAGAGGACAAUGCAAACAUGAAUUUAAAUGCAGUGUCUUCCAUUCCAUUGCACAAAUACAAGCAGAAUAAACCAUACACAUGUGAUGAAUGUUUGAAACCGUUUCAGACACCUUCCAAGCUUAGGCGGCAUUAUUUAAUACACACUGGUCAGAAACCUUUUGAAUGUUCUUCAUGUUUUAAAACAUUUAGGCAGUUGGUUCACUUGAAAAAGCACCAGGCAACCCAUGCAGGAGUUUACAAGUGCACUGUUUGUCAGAAAAACUUUAAACAGCUGGGCAAAUUCCGCAUUCAUCAGCAAAUUCAUAAAAGGAAGAUUCGUUUCAGUUUUCUUGACAAGUAUGCUGCAAAGCCAGUUGUUAAACUAGAGAAGCCAGAUCGUGUAACAUCUUCAGAUCUUCUCAAAUAUCAUGACUCUACUCCCUUGGCCCAGAAUGACUCGGCAACCAAAAAGAAGGUGCAUAACUGUGAAUUUUGUAAAAAAGCAUUUCAGUCUCCAUCAAAACUCAAGAGGCAUUUGCUUAUUCACACUGGGCAGAAACCCUUCCAGUGUUUGAUAUGUGGUAAAUCAUUCAGACAAUUGCAGCAUUUAAAGGUACACCAAGUAACCCACAGUGCUAGCAGUCCUUAUAGUUGUCCAAUUUGUGAAAGAAAAUUUAGGAGGCACACUAAACUUUUGAGCCAUAUGCAAGUCCAUACUGAAAAUACUUCAUUAUUAAAUCCUGAACAUGAAAUGCCAGGUUCAGAAUGUUACAGCAGACUGCAGCCUGUGCCAGAUUAUGAAGGAUCAUCCAAAACAAGUUCUUUAGAUGAUGAUGAUGAUGAUGAUAGUGUGGAUAAUCUAGAAUCUGAUGGAGCUCAGACUGUGUAUACAAUACCUUUUGAAUGUCCAUUCUGUGAGCAAUCAUUCGAAACAGAAAAUUUACUGAGCAUGCACAGUUGUGCUCCUUCUGUUAAGAGGUGCACCAAAACUGGAGAAAACACUGGUAACUGGUCAACUGAAUGUCUUAUUGAAAAUAAAAAAUUUGUGACUUCAUCAACAUCAUGGCAUUUGACAGCUUGUGAAGUUGAUGAGGUUGAAGAAUCUUUUACUUGGACAUCUGAGGGGAAUGCUGAGGGUUCAUCUGAGAUGCAUAGGCACUAUAAUACUCAUGUUGGAGAUGAAGCUGUUCACCAGUGUGGUGAUUGUAAUAAUGUGUUUACUGAUUCCCUGAGUCUUCAGAAACAUCUUCAGAGCCAUGAGGUAGAUAUGGCUUCCAGUGAUGCUUUAACCAAGGAGUGUAGCAUUUUCAGUAAUGAGUUCCAUUCUACAUUGUCAAAACAGUCCGUUGGAAAUAUUUCUGUUCAUCAACGUGCUGGUCCAAAGUUAGCCAAAAAUAAAUGUUACAAACCAAAACAAUACAAGUGUGAUAAAUGUGAGAAAGAAUUUGCUUGCAAAUCCAAAUUUAAAAGGCACUACCUUAUCCACACAGGUCAAAAACCAUAUGCUUGUUCAUUUUGCUCAAAGAGAUUUCGGCAGUCAACACACCUAAAAAAUCACCUACGUAUGCAUACUGAAGACCGACCUUAUAAAUGUGCGCUUUGUCAGUUGGGAUUUAAAAGUAAGUAUAAGCUUUUAAAUCAUCACAAAGAGCACAGUGAGCCAGAGACAGAUUAUUCAUUUUCAUUUAGUGAUCAGAAGUCAUCGGUUCUUAAAUCUAGCAGUGAGAGUAAGCUUCAUAAGUGUGGUUUUUGUGUUAAGCACUUUCCAUCUCCAUCCAAACUGAGAAGGCAUUUGCUGAUUCAUACUGGUCAGAGACCAUUUCAUUGUUUGGUUUGUGGAAGAACAUUCAGACAGUUGCCACAUUUAAAGAGUCACCAAGCUGUCCACAGCGGAGCAAGUACUUACAAAUGUACAGUGUGUUCAGCUAUAUUUGAAAAAACAAGUCUGCUUUUGAGUCAUAUGCAGACUCACAGUGAAAGUGAUUCAUUUAGUAUAAAUGGUAGAUUUAUAGCAGUUGAUGCAGACAGUUCUGUUAGCCAUGCAUCAGAACAGGAUUUUGGAGAUUUAGCUGAAAAUGACCAUUCCCAAAUAAAUGGCAUUAAAGACUACAAUGAUAAUGCUCAAACUAUUUAUACUGUGCCCUUUGAGUGUUACACGUGUGAGAGUUUGUUUGAAUCCGAUUAUAUGCUAAAAAUUCAUAAAUGCAUCUCCUCUUUUGGCACUAGUGUUGUUCCUCAGAACUAUACCAGUGAUAGACAGUCUGAAGGUUCCACUUCUUACAAACCAUCCGAGAAACAUUUUCAACUGUCCAAUAAUGACAAACGGUCUUUUGAUUGUAAUAUCUGCUAUGAAAGAUUUUGGGAUUCCACUGAACUCCAUAAGCAUGAAGAAGUACAUAACAUAGGAAACAAAUUUUACUGUGACAUUUGUGAGGAAACAUUUAAUGACUUUCUGAGUUUUCGGAAGCAUGUGCAGCUUCACGAGGAGCGAGCAGUUUCUAAAAGUACAUUUACAGAUGAGGCAGUGUCUAAGCAGGCACUUAAGGUUGAUGGAUUUUACCAGCCUGUUUCUUUGGAUUCGGUAAAAGCCACACGUGGUAAACCAAGGCUUUAUAAGUGUGGUAAAUGUGGCAAAGAAUUUUCAUGCAAGUCUAAAUUUAAAAGACACUACCUUAUUCAUACAGGUCAAAAACCUUUUGCCUGUUUGGUAUGUGGAAAGCGAUUUAGGCAGUCAUCACAUUUAAAAAGUCAUCAGAGAAUGCAUUCUGAAGAUAGACCAUAUAAAUGUACUGUUUGCCAAGUUGGGUUUAAAAAUGUAUUUAAGUUUCUUUAUCAUCAGGUUGACCAUAUGAAAUCGGACACUUCUCAGUGUUCUCCUUUACUGUCUGAGUCUGACAGCUGUCAAGAGAAUGAUUCAAACUGGUGCGAAAAGUCCUCUCAAAACCAGUGUGGCAGAGAGAUUACUGAUACUAACAGAAACCAGUUUUUGGAUGCUGGUAUUUUAAAGUUACAGUGUCCUUUAUGUAAAAAAUACUUUCAGUCACAGCAAAAUUUACAGAAGCAUCAGUGUAGCUCUUCAGAAAUUGAAGCUGUUGGUCUCGGUAAGAAACUUUACAAGUGUACUGUUUGCUGUAAAAGUUUCCGUUCACCUUCCAAACUUGAAGCUCACUUUCUGAUACAUAUUGGACAGAAGCCAUUUGAGUGUGUACUUUGUGGCAGAACAUUCAGGCAGACUUCACAUCUUAAAAGACAUCAUCUCACCCAUGCUAAAGAUGGCCCUUUUACUUGUGGUAUAUGCUACAAAACCUUCAGUGGUUCUAUAUAUCUACAGCAGCAUUAUGAUGUCCACCAUGUAUAACUAAAUUUGACUACAUUUUUCAAGUAAACUCAUUUCCUUAUAAUGACCUUGUGAAACAUGUUAGUAUAUUUGUUAUGUUAUACUUUCAAAAUACUUGACUGGUACAAUCAUUUUUCUAUAUUUUUCAAUCUUUGAUCAUUAUCCAUGACUUCCUAGACUGUUACACUGAGCAUUAAAACCUGCAGUGUAGAGUGUUAAGACAUUUGCUUUUAUUGUUUUACAAAGUAAAGAAAUGUUUUUAUAUUAGUUAACGUUUUCUAAAACGUAUGCUGGCAUAGUGAGCAUUGCACCUCUUUAUGUAAGCAUUAUUGGAAUUUCUGUGUAGUAGUUACAGCUGGGAUAUGUGUCAUAAGCACCACUGGAGAAUUAACAAGAAGUGAAUCUGCUAGAUUUAGUCAUCCUUAUCUAAAGUGGAGAUUUACAGUAUACAGUGUCCACCUAGAAAUGUGUGAGCGUGUGUGUGUGUAUACAUAUGUACACAUGCUAGCAGGUAAAUACAUACACAUAUUUAUACAUGCAUGUAUAUUUAUACACACAUAUAUACACUUUUUUUUAAAGGAGAUGACGACUUUUUGUCUAGGUGGUUCACAACUCUCCCACAGUCAUUGCAGAACCCCUGGUCCAUGUCAAAGGUACUGUUGGAUUUGCUAACUCUUACACAUGUCAUGGGAUACUAUGACAAAAUAUUAUCUCACCAGAAGGAGUUUUUUGAGUUGGGUUGGGGGGUUGCAUCGCUGCUGCAGCUCGCUAAUGAUAUGGAAGAUGUGAAGUGCACUCAGAGUCUCUCUGACCUGACACUGCAUGGUGGGGACCAGAAAUGUGUAUGACGAUUGACACUUUUGCCUUUAAAAAGAUGUUUUUGACAAGAACUUCUGCUCCUGAGUUCACCACAGCUCCUUCUUUCUUUAGAAGAGUUCAUAAUAUCACUGGUAUUGUAUGUUGAUUGACUGUAGUGCUGUAAAAGCUGCUUGUAUUUUUUUCUGAAGUCAGAGUAAGGUUUGAUUCUGUAAUGUAAAACUAGUUACACCACGUGUAUGUUUUAAUGAGACUAUAUAAAUAGCAUAUGAGCACAGGGGGCGAACAGACGUUCUUCUAAAUGAAAACUGACAAUUGCUAUCUGGCUGAUCUUGGCAAGCAAAGGGAAAAGUUAUUUGUUUUAAUGGUACUGGCAACAUAAAAUAGAAGUGGGAACUUCAGCUAAACAGAAACUGAUACAAAGUAGAACAAUGGGAAUGUGUAUGUAAAAUAGUCUUUAGUUGUAAGUUUCUCUCUGCUACUUCUGAGUGCAAUACCAAGCAAAUUAGAUUUUUGUGAAUUUGCCUGUUUCUGUCUGUCAUAUCACUACAAGUACCUGGGACUGUAAUUCAAAAUAUUGUUAAAAAUGUUACAGGCAUUUUUGUGCUUCUCACUGUAGUCAGACAGAUGCAAAGUAUUUCUCUGUUGUUUCUAUAUUCAAUGUUUUCAUUUACUUGCUUAUGUUGCACAGUAAUUUUUAAAGCAUUACUUAGAGUGAAAAGGAGUGCUGUGGUAGCUUAUAGAACUAAAAGUUUUGUUUGUCCCGUCUUAAGAUAUUGAUGCUGAGAUAAUCGUGGGAGAGGCAUAAGUAAGGCAGUGGCAGAUAACUAAGAUCAAUGUCAGAUUGGAGUGAACUGAAACUUAAUAUCUUAAAACCUUUUUUUCUGUGGCUGUGACUUGUACUUCAUCUCUACAGAAAUGUAAUUGUAUUAUGCGGAAUUAAAAUUUACUAUGUAUUGUAAUGCAUUGAUCCAAGUGAUCUGCAGGACUUUUUCAGUGAAAAUGUUGCUGGCCUAAGAUUUGAGAUUGGUGGUCUAGAUUCUUGCUGCUAUAUAUUUAUGUAGUUUUGUAACAAACAAAAAAUAAACUUUAGUAAGCUGGUAAAAUGUCUUUGAGAAAUCUGAAUUUAUAUCUGAAUUAAUGCUUUUGGGUGCUCAAAAAGGCAAGACCAUUUUCGUAUGACUGUUUUAUUAGGAUGACCUCUUAUCUUGGCACCACAGAUAUAGCCAAAUAUAUACACUACAGUAGCAGGGAUAUACAGCCACAUUUUUGUGAGUUGGCAUUUUGCCCAGUUCAGGAGCACUGCAUUUGCCAUCUUUAGACUUGCAUGCAAACUGAAAAGGUUACAGGCAAGCCAAAAAAGAAUGUAACUGCAUCCAGAGUAACAGAUGGUUGCUGUAUUACUAGAUGUAACAUGGAAGACUGUCCUUGGAGGUUUUGUGGUUGGUUUAUCCCUUCCAUCACUCAGAUUUUGGCUUCAUGUAGUCUGAGAUGGAUGCUUGCCUGAGUUGCAUGUCAUGACUUCAGGCAUCAGCCACAUUAACAUCCUCAUAGCCCACACCUACCAGUUCAUUUGUUUUUCGUAGUUUAGUAUAAAUAUAUGAACCUGACAACCAUCAGGGUAUUUACAUUCUAGCCAUACAACCCAACCUAGUUUAGUCCCAGAGCUCCUUGGAUGCCUACAUGGUGGGAUAUGUUAGUAAAGAGGUAGCUAAGGGUUAUGUGGGGAGUACACUAGUUGGGGGUUAAUUUAUUUACUUGGGGGCCAGACUGGGGUUGAAUUUGCAAUUUCCCAUCCAAUGAUCAAGUUUCCUUUUGAUGAGGGUCAGGGAUGAACUGUGCUUCACAUAGGUGGUGAGCUUAUUCCAUAGCACUGGGAUCCGUUGAGACACAUAUCUGUACCUCCAGCAGGUUCUGUCACAGGUAAAGUUCAGGCCCUUGAUCUAGUGUUUGUGGUGCUAUUUGUCUUGCAGAUGUUCAAGAGAUCCAGCACAGCUAGAUCUGAGGAUGCCUAAUAUGGUAGGCAUAGAUUGCCUGUUAGUAAUGUGUAGGAGACUGAGUACAGAGAUAGGAACUUAAAGCAAUCUGUGUAGGACAGGGUAUUCAUACCCUGCUU